AUCCGGCGCCAAAGCGGAAGAACUUCCGGUGGCUUCCGUGGUUUCUGAGCCGGGGGCAAGGUUCGAGUCUGUGAGUGCGGCCUCAUGUCGUCUUUCAACUGCUCUGCUUUCGUUGUGUGUGGCUGGGCCGCUUCUCUUCCUGACUCGGGAUCGCGGAGGGCCCUGAGCUAGGGCACCCAGCCGGGUCUGCGGCGUUCCUGUCUGUGGCCCCGUGGUGGGUCCCAACUGUCUCUGCGGGCCUUGCUCCCUGAGGAACCGGCACUAGAUAAACCGUCGCCCGGACUUCCUUGGGUACCCAGGCUUCUGUUGGUGCUCGGCGAAGAUCCUGGCACAGUGCAGCCGCUCCAGGAUUAUUUGUUGAAUUGAAUAGCUCUUCUGGAAGACUAGAGAAGUUUUCUUUCUGGUCACCUACCACUGGUUCCAUGGCUACCAUGCAGAUGGAUCCUGAGCUUGCCAAGCGCCUCUUCUUUGAAGGGGCCACUGUGGUCAUCCUGAAUAUGCCCAAGGGGACGGAGUUUGGCAUUGACUACAACUCCUGGGAGGUGGGGCCCAAGUUCCGGGGUGUGAAGAUGAUCCCACCAGGCAUCCACUUCCUUCACUACAGCUCUGUGGACAAGGCCAAUCCCAGGGAGAUGGGCCCUCGAAUGGGCUUCUUCCUCAGCCUCCAGCAGCGGGGGCUGAUGGUCCUGCGCUGGAAUGCAGUCCGGGAAGAGGUAGACCUGUCCCCAGCCCCAGAAGCUGAGGUGGAGGCCAUGAGGGCCAACCUCCAGGAACUGGACCAGUUCCUGGGACCCUACCCAUACGCCACGCUCAAGAAGUGGAUCUCACUCACCAGCUUCAUCAGUGAGGCCACAGUGGAGAAGCUACAGCCCGAGAGUCGACAUAUCUGUGCCUUCUCGGAGGUGCUGCCGGUGCUGUCCAUGAAGCACACCAAGGAUCGGGUGGGCCAGAAUCUACCCCGCUGUGGCACUGAGUGCAAAAGCUACCAGGAGGGCCUGGCCCGGCUGCCUGAGAUGAAGCCCAGAGCCGGCACAGAGAUCCGCUUCUCAGAGCUGCCCACACAGAUGUUCCCGGCAGGUGCCACGCCAGCAGAAAUAACCAGGCACAGCAUGGACCUGAGCUAUGCCCUGGAGACUGUGCUCAGCAAGCACUUCCCCAGCAGCCCCCAGGAUGUGCUAGGUGAGCUCCAGUUUGCCUUCGUAUGCUUCCUUCUGGGGAAUGUGUACGAGGCAUUCGAGCACUGGAAGCAGCUCCUGAACCUUCUGUGCCGGUCAGAAGAGGCCAUGGUGAAGCACCACACCCUCUACAUCAACCUCAUCUCCAUCCUGUACCACCAGCUUGGUGAGAUCCCCGCUGACUUCUUUGUGGACAUUGUCUCCCAGGACAACUUCCUCACCAGCACCUUACAGGUUUUCUUUUCCUCCGCCUGCAGUGUGGCUGUGGAUGCCACCCUGAGGCAGAAAGCUGAAAAGUUCCAAGCUCACCUGACCAAGAAGUUUCGAUGGGACUUUGCAGCAGAGCCUGAGGACUGCGCCCCGGUGGUGGUGGAGCUCCCGGAGGGUGUGGGGACCGGCUAACCAGGAAUGCUCUCGCCCCGGGGAGGCCCCUUCCCUCAUGGCUGCAGUCCUGGCUUCUCCAUUCCUUCUUCCUACUGGAACCUGUUGGGGCACUAGCCCCACCAAGUUCUGCAGAAAUGGAGCCAGAAUUCCCUCUUUCACCAAUAAAUAAGUUCCUUCAGUGCCAGAGGGUCUAUAUCCUGUCGUAAAGGCCUAUUUGUGAUUCCCUGUCAGCCUGGCCUUGGUGCUGACCUAACUGAAUUCCAAAAGACCUGCCUUGGCAGCAGCCUGCUUCCUUCCAGAAGAGAAGAAGUUGAGCCAGAGCCCAAGAGAACUGAUUGCUUAUUCCAUAGAAGCAUUAGAAAACAGGAAUCCCUGGACUGCCCGGGAGUCUGAGAUGUCAGUUGAUGACUUUUUAAAAGGUCAGCAGAGGGUAACAGAGAGAUGAGCCAGAAUUUCUGCCUGUCUUUGUUAAAUGGGAAUACAUAUUACAGAAAACAUGGCGUGUGACCCCUCUGAAGCCCCAGAUUUGGAAGGGUUUUGGAGAAGACAGUUGGGUUGAUUCUGAUGAGCAGUCAGCUUUUGUUUUCUCCGUCUAAGCCUCUUUCUCCUGUCCAGGGGUCCCAGUGGAUAGUCUUUCAAGAUCGACCUCAGAGGCCUUGCCGGGGCCCUACCCCUCCCAUCUGCUCCAUUCUUAGGCGUCAGACUUAGAAGUGGGACUUGGCAACCCUCCUGUGCCCCAUUCCUCACCACAGUCAACUGUGACUGUUUCUGAUGACCUGGAGAUUCAACAACAGAGAGAAGGUUCUUGCUUUAAGCUGGCUUCUCUUUGGCCCUGUUGAAGUUGUGCACCUUUAUUCAAAGCUUCAGAAGUGACCUGGUCAGUCUAGAUCUUCCCAGUCCUGCUGUAGCACCAUUAGCCACAGGAGUGGGGAUGCUCCGGUGUCUGGGAGACCUGAGGGCACACCCAUCAGGCACACAGGCCCUGCAUGACCUGACCUCACACUGUUGUGCUGUGACCUGAGCUGCUCUCCCAAGGCUGCAGCUCACACCAGGUUUCUGAAUGAGAGUCCCUGCUGGUUAAGACUUUUGGUUCCACUUGUUUCCUUGGAGUUGUUUUUCCAGGAGCAUAACAUACAUUAAAGUCUUUGAAUUGAGUCUAAA